UCUAUUUGUUCUAAGUUUUUGCUCACUUGAAUUCUAUUCAGGAGACAUGAACAGAUUGAAGAAAGAACACAUGAGGGAUUCCUCCUCUCGAAACUCCAGCUCUUCAAACGACACAAGAAGGCCAAGCAAUUACAGCAGGACAUCAGGAGACAUGAACAGAUUCAAGAAAGAACACAUGAGGGAUUCCUCCUCUCGAAACUCCAGCUCUUCAAACGACACGAGAACGCCAAGCAAUUACAGCAGGACAUCAUUUUUGCACACUUUACUUCUAUGCAAAAGACAUGAUGGGGGAUUCCUCCUCUCUAAACUCCAGCUCUUCAAACGACACGAGAAGGCCAAGCAAUUACAGCAGGACAUCAUACAUGAUGGGGGAUUCCUCCUCUCUAAACUCCAGCUCUUCGAACCGCACAAGAGCACUAAGAAAUUACAGCGAGAUGAAGUCGUUAAGUUUUCGCGAUUCAGCUUCGGAAAACAAGAGCAGGAUGCUAGGGGGCUUUGCAAGGGAUUCUAGCAAAGACUUCCUACACGGUCAUUACCGUUCUGGUCCAUCAGAGAACAGGAGUCGUCCCCCCUUUUUAUAUAAAAAAUGACAGUGAGACUCUAAAAUCUGGUUUGUAUACAAAAUUUGUGCUAAAAUAAAUGAGAAGAUUGUGGUGGAAGGUUGAGGCUUUUGUAUUCAUUGUAACUGUGUGGCACUGCGUGCAUGUGUUUAAGGUGUGUGCUUGUGAAUUGUGAUAUAUAUCUAUGAAUUCU